CAGCGGCUGCGGCGGCGCGCGGAGGACAAGCGCAGACGGGAGGAAACUCGCACGGUUUGGGAGGUCGCUGAGGACUUAUCGGUAACUUUUUGUCAUGAAUUAAAGCCUCUCGGGGCGCGUUUGUGGCUCAGCAUGAUCGGUAGAUGCAGCUGAAGGAGGAAGGAGCGGGAGAGCCCAGGGAGAACAGCCCCGCGGAAGCGCGUCUGAAUGCGGGGAAGAGAGGGAAGGAAUCCCCGGGCUUUGGUUGCGUGUCUUUACGCAGCGCAGAAUAGGGACGGAACCGAAUUGUACCGUGGUUCUCAUUCGGAGUAAGUAAAGAAAAGCAGGGUAGGCGUGUACUAAGUCUUUUUUUGCCUUGUUUUGAGGCAGACUUUGCAUUAUUUGUGGAGAAAUUAUAAGAAAGUGGUGGAUUGUAUGAACGCGCCUCAAGACACAGCUCAGGAGUGCCUCCCGCCAACUCAUUCAUUGACUAAAUAAGGACGCAAAGUGGGAGUGGAUCGUUUCUUGACAUAUAUACAAGGUGUGGGGGAGAGAACAUGGCCCAUUUGGUGCUGGAGAGAAGAGCCCAGCCGGUUGAUGCGAGAGGGAAGAGGAUCUGAAUGACAGGAUGCUGGAGACCUGAAUCUUCUACUCAACGGCUUCACGCAAAGUCACACUUUUUUUUUAUUUGAAUCUUUUCUUGCUUGUGCUGUUGCCAAGACAAAAGGGGAAAGCAGCCAAGACGCGAAGACUUCUGGAGGAGUUUAUCUGGGAUUUCUGUUUUUCUCGUUUUAUUUUUGGGGAGACAAACCAAGGAUGCAUUGUGGAUUAGUCUUUAUCCUGUUGAUGGGAAUCCUCUCGGUGGCCAAGGCUCUCAAAAACGACAAAUGUGGAGGCAGCAUUCGAAUCUCCAACGCCAACUACCUCACCUCUCCCGGGUACCCCAUGUCUUACUCCUCCUCUCAGCGCUGCACGUGGGUGAUCACGGCCCCUGGCCCCCACCAGCGGAUCCUCAUCAACUUCAACCCGCAUUUUGACCUGGAGGACCGGGAGUGCAAGUACGACUACGUGGAAGUGAGAGAUGGCGUGGACGAAAGCGGGCAGCUCGUCGGGAAGUACUGCGGCAAGAUCGCCCCGUCUCCUGUCGUCUCCUCGGGAAACCAGCUCUUCAUCAAGUUUGUGUCGGAUUACGAGACCCACGGAGCAGGUUUCUCCAUCCGAUAUGAGAUCUUCAAGACAGGUCCUGAAUGCUCCAGGAACUUCACGUCCAACAGCGGAGUCAUAAAGUCACCAGGCUUCCCAGAGAAGUACCCCAACAACCUGGACUGCACUUUCAUGAUCUUUGCACCCAGGAUGUCGGAAAUCAUCUUGGAGUUUGAGAGCUUUGAGCUGGAGCCCGACCCCACGCCCCCCGCGGGCGUGUUCUGCCGCUACGACAGGCUGGAGAUCUGGGAUGGCUUUCCCGGAGUCGGUCCAUACAUCGGAAGGUACUGCGGUCAGAACACACCGGGAAGAAUCAUCUCCUACACGGGCAUCCUGGCGCUGACAAUCAACACAGACAGUGCCAUCGCUAAGGAGGGCUUCUCUGCCAACUUCACCGUCACGGAGAGGACGGUUCCAGAGGACUUUGACUGCAGCGACCCUCUGGGAAUGGAAUCGGGUGAGAUCACAUCUGACCAGAUCGUGGCCUCGUCCCAGUACAACCCGAGCUGGUCCCCGGAGCGCUCCAGACUCAACUACUACGAAAAUGCAUGGACGCCUGCACAGGACUCCAACAAGGAGUGGAUACAGGUGGACCUUGGGUUCUUGAGGUUUGUCUCGGCCAUCGGUACCCAGGGCGCAGUUUCCCAGGAGACCCGCAGGCCUUACUUUGUCAAAUCCUACAAAGUAGACGUCAGUUCCAAUGGCGAGGAUUGGAUCACGUUGAAGGAAGGCUCAAAGCAAAAGGUUUUCCAAGGUAACACCAACCCCACAGACGUUGCCAAGACGAUGCUGCCCAAAGCCACACUGACGCGCUACAUCCGGAUCCGCCCGGUCAGCUGGGAAAUAGGCAUCGCUCUGCGCUUUGAAGUGUACGGCUGUAAGAUAUCAGAGUACCCGUGCUCGGGAAUGCUGGGCAUGGUCUCGGGCCUGAUCACCGACAGCCAAAUCACAGCGUCGUCUCACAUCGACCGGAGCUGGGUGCCGGAGAACGCUCGUCUGCUCACCAGCCGGACGGGCUGGAACCUCCUGCCUCAGCCGCAGCCUUUCACCAGGGAAUGGCUGCAGGUGGACCUCGGGGAGGAGAAGCUGGUGAAAGGCUUGAUCAUUCAGGGAGGGAAGCACCGUGAGAACAAGGUCUUCAUGAAGAAGUUCCGUCUCGCCCACAGCAACAACGGGUCUGACUGGAAAAUGGUGCUGGACACCAGUGGGAACAGACCAAAGCUUUUUGAAGGCAACAACAACUACGACACUCCCGAGCUGAGGACGCUGGACCCCCUGCUGACCCGCUUCAUCCGAAUCUACCCGGACAGAGCCACACCUGCUGGAAUGGGCCUGCGACUGGAGCUGCUGGGCUGUGAUAUUGAAGCUCCCACAGUCCCGCCUUCCACGACUCUUCCGGCCACGGCGCCGUCCGAAGAGUGCGACGACGAGCAGUCCAGCUGCCACAGCGGCACAGGUGAUGACUACGAAGUGACAGGUAGUUCAACAAUGCCAGAGACGACAACAUCAGCUGACGUGGAAAACAUCCCAGAUUUUAUGUGGUUUGCCUGCGAUUUCGGUUGGGCCAACGCACCGACCUUCUGCAGGUGGACUUCAGAGGACACCGGCUCCCAGUGGCAAAUCCAGUCGAGUGGAACACCCACCCUCAACACUGGACCCAACAUGGACCACACAGGUGGCUCGGGAAACUUCAUCUACACCUUGACGACGGGUCUCCAGGAGACGGAGGUGGCUCGGCUGGUCAGCCCGCAGGUCACCUCUCCAGAGUCGGACCUGUGCGUGUCGUUCUGGUACCACAUGUUUGGCUCGCACAUCGGCAUGCUGCAUAUCAAACAGCGCAAACAGACCCCCGACGGGCUGGCGGACAUCUUGCUCUGGACCGUCAGCGGCCACCAGGGAAACCGCUGGAGGGAAGGCCGUGUCCUGGUGCCACGCACAAACAAGCCCUACCAGGUGGUGAUUGAAGGGUUGGUGGAGAGGAAGAGCUGGGGAGAUAUUGCUGUGGAUGACGUCAAGGUUCUCAAUGGCCUCAGUGCAACAGACUGUAAAGACCCAGAUGUGCCCACCGAGCCAAUGCUCCCAGAGGACAGCUUUAAUGACAUCAUCGAGGAGAUCACCGAAUACCCAGACUUUGUGGAGACCAACCAGAUCAGCGGAGCGGGCAACAUGCUAAAGACACUUGACCCUAUCCUCAUCACCAUCAUCGCCAUGUCCGCCCUGGGGGUCUUCCUGGGCGCCAUCUGCGGCGUGGUCCUUUACUGCGCCUGCUCUCACGGAGGCAUGUCCGACAGGAACUUAUCAGCCCUGGAAAAUUACAACUUUGAACUUGUGGACGGCGUGAAGUUAAAGAAGGACAAACUCAACGUACAGAGCUCGUACUCGGAGGCGUGAGACCCAGACGGAGCACCGUCACGUGACAACGAGACUCACUGUAGCGACUUCUUCUCGUCGACCCAGCGAGGAGGCGGACUCUUACGAGCGCCACCACCCUCCACCUUUUGGAUGGGGGACAGUUUCAGGAACCAAUGGGAGGUUUGAACGAAUCCAUGCUUUUCUCAGGAGCUGCAGUAAAUACUGUAGAACCUACCAGUAGGGGGCACUGUGUACAAUACAAAAUACAGGAAAAAAUAAAAAUAUGUACAGAUAAUUUAGAUGAAAUUUUAAUUUUCUAUUUUGAUUUUUUACAAUCGGAUGCUGGUGUUGAGACCAAUUUAUUAAUCUUUAGAGUAUUUAUCAUUUUCUGCUAAUUAAAUGAUUUUUUGGAGGGGUGGGGGUGGGUUCGUGGAGGUUACAUUUCAAGUUUUGCAAUCCAAAUCCUAAAUGAACCAUAUCCGGCAAAACUGCCCACGCUUGGCAUACAGGGUGUGCUCAUAAAUGACGAAUCUGAUCCCUGUCCCCUUUUCGCCCCGCUGAGUCAUGAAGUGAUGGUUGUGACAGUGCCUUUAGUACAUAUCCCAUGAUGAACUGGCUCUUUUUUACUCUACUUGGCUUAACUUAUGAUCAAUGGCAAAAGACGGGUCCCGUGAUCAUGGAAAUACCUGCAGAACGGGAUGGAACCCAUCACAGUUUUGUCUUUUCCUUGUCUGUGUCGAAAAAAAAAUCCCACACACUGUAAAUAUGUUUUAAUAUAUUUUAUUGUCGUUUUUUUUUAAAGAAAGUGAAAAGGAAAAC